UAUGUAAAAAUAAAUUUAGCUGAAAAUAUGAAUCAACUAAAAUUUAUAUUUAGAUUUCGAAUAUCAAUCACCGCGUUUUUCGCCACUUACGCUAGAGAGGGUCGGUAUUACCGUACCAAGUAGCAUAAUAAUUGUAGCAUAGACCAUUUUGCUAACACAGCCCAAUGUAGUUGUGGAGUAGUACAAUCGCUCAUUCGCUCCCUUCUUCCCUCGUCUCUUGUUCUCUUAUUAAUUUCUACGGCUGCAUUAAUUCUCUCUAUCUAUCUAUCUAUCUAUCCAUCUAUCUAUCUAUAGAUUCUACACUAUCGCAAUCUAUCUAUGUAGGCAUGGAUCAGUGCAUCUGUAAGGCUGUUGAUGCGGCGAUCUCUCCGUUGGUGAGCCUCGUCACGGAGCAUCUGACGUAUCUUCUUAAAGCGGAGGACAAUUUGGACGAGCUCAAGAAAGUCGCGGCGGAGCUGGCCGCCAGGAGGAAGGAUGUAGACGAGAGGAUCCAGUCCGGCUGCAGAACAACCGGCGGCACUGCGACGAUUGAAGUGAGCAAGUGGCUGCAGGGGGCGGACCGCAUCGUAGCUCGAGCGGAGGCGCUCCACAGAAGGUACGGCGAGCGGGCGCGGUGUCUCGGAGGCUGCUCUGUCGAUUUCUGGUCGAGCUACGCGAUCGGCAAGACCGCCGCUAAGAUGAUUCCGGAUGCCAGGCGGGAGUUCGACCGUGGAGUGUUCCAGCAGGUCGUCAUCCUUCUGGCUGGGAGGCACGACAAGUCGGAGAUUGACAACCCGCCGGCGGCGGGAAGAGAAUACCGGUAUCUUGAUCAGGCAAUCCAAUUUAUCAACGAUGAGGCGGUGAAGAUGGUCGGAAUCUGGGGCAUGGGCGGGGUGGGGAAGACCCACCUCCUCAAGUCCAUCAACAACUCGUUCGCUCGCCAAACUUGUUUCGACGUCGUGAUCUUCGUCACAGCGUCUAGAGAGUGCUCCGUAGCACGGAUUCAAAGCGAGAUUGUGAAUACGCUCGACUUGCCGGCGAUAAACAACGUGCAGGACCAGGCCAGAAUCAUCUCAGACUUUUUGCGCGAAAAGAAUUUUCUCCUGCUGCUGGACGAUCUGUGGGAACGACUCGACCUGGGAGCCGUCGGCGUCCCAAUGCCUUCGGCCACAGACGAGCAGCAGCAUAAAAGAAAGGUGGUGUUGACAACGAGAUAUUUGAAAGUCUGCGGCCAGAUGGGUGUAAGCAGGAGGAAUAGCAUCAAAGUGGAAUGUCUGGACGGCGACGACGCUUGGCUUCUCUUCCGAGAGACUGUCGGUGAAGACACGAUCGGCUCUAGUCCUGCCGUCGAAGCCGUCGCAAGAAAAGUAGCCAUAAAACUGGGCGGCUUGCCCCUCGCUCUCAUCACCAUCGGAAGAGCCAUGUAUGAUAAGGAAGAUCCGGCGGAAUGGAGACAUGCCAUCGAUCUGCUGCAGGACGCGCGCCACGACGAGGUCGAUCCGGAUGCAGCAAAGGAAGAAAGCUUGUUCCAUACCUUGAAGUUUAGCUACGAUAGGCUGCGGAAUGAUGCCUUGAGAGAUUGUUUGUUGUGCUUGUUACCAUAUAUAUUACAUACCAUAUAUAUAUUAUAUAUGUUACCAUAUAUAAUAUAUAUAUAUUACUAUGUAUAUUACUUUCUUAUUAGG